AUAGUUACAAAUAUGCAACCUCUUUAUGUCUUGCAAAAUACAAGUUUCAUCGAAUUUGUUCAUGCAUUAAAUCCAUAUUACAAACUGCCAUCUGAUAAAUUUAUAAAGGCAUUAAUUCAUCAAAGUUAUAAUUAUUCAACAGAAUGUCUUAAAAAUAUCUUUGCAACAGAAAUUAAAACAU